AUUCAUUAAAUAAUUGUAUUUGACUUUUUCAUUAUCGAUUGAUUUGUUGUUGUUAAACAAGCAAACCAGAGGAGGAGAGAAGAAAAAAAAGCACGUGACCGGGCGCGAGGCGGCGCAGUGAGCCUGCAGUUGCACUCGAGCUCACGCGACGCCUUCAGUCUCUCCCUGCCCCCGCCCCCAGGUCCUCACGCGUGCAGAGAGAUGUGGUGGGGUGCAGCGCGCGCUCGCUCCUGUCGCGCUCUCGUGCCGCCUGCGUUCCGAGCAGAACCGUUAUGAGCUCCGAGUUCUCUGAGGAAAGUUAGCCUUUUAGCUAACGACUUUUUUUAUAUUUACUUUUAAACGCGGAGGAAAAGUUCACCGUUCGUUUGUCGGUUUGUGUGUGUGUGUGUGUGUGUUUUUAUUUAUUUUAUUUAGUUUCUUUUCUUUUUUUUCUUUUUUUUAAAUGUAGUGAAGGUAAGGAAAGUUCUCUCCUGUUCAGGCCAGUUUACCUCACACAGAGAUCCCAUGCCCAUCCUCAGGAUGUCUCCUUUCGAAAGCUGGAGGUAACCAGAGGAUAUCUGCAUUCCCUGGUUCGACAUGGUCCACUGGACCACUGUUCUGGUGCCAUGUAUCUGGAUUCAGGCCCUUGCGACGUUGGUGGCGUCGGACACCUGCCCCUCCGUGUCCAUCGAGUCCGUCAACUUCUCCGUGAACUACCCCAUGCGCUCUUUUCAGACCUCCAACCCCAUCCAGAACAUCGCCGUGAACCCUGUUUACCACGAGGUCUACGUGGGGUCACGGAACCUCAUCGAGGCAGUGAACAGCACUCUGGGUAAGCUCUGGGAGCUGCGCACCGGACCCGUGGGCAGCAAGGAGUGCCGGCUGUGUCGGCUGUGCGACAUCGAGAGCGACCCGUUCGAGGAGGAUACGGACAGCGAGGUGCUGCUGCUCGACACCUUCCUCAUGUACCUGUACUCGUGUGGCAGCUCUCAGUACGGAGUGUGUUACUUCCACCAGCUCAACGAAAACGGACGGGCGCCGGCGCCCUCCAAGUGCCUUUUCCGCAAAGAAGCCAAUUCCGCCGCUUUCUGCCCGGACUGCAUCGCCAGCCCGUUGGGCACCAAGGUCAGCAUGGUGGAGGAGGGACAGACGGUGUAUUUUUACGUGGCUGCAACGGUUAACGACAGUGUGACGCAGCGGUACGGCCGGAAGUCCGUCUCGGUGCGGCGUCCUUUAGCCACCGAGAAUGGUUUCCACACCGACGUGCAGGGCCUGACGGUGCUGCCCGAGCUGAGGCGGGUGUACCCCAUCGAGUACGUUUACAGCUUCUACACUAAUGACUUUGUCUACUUCCUGUCGGUGCAGAGGGAGAAGGCGGAGCCGCAGGGCACGUCUCCGUAUCAGACGCGACUCGGACGUCUGCCGCGCAACGAAUGGGAAAUGCGCCGCUACCGAGAGGUCGUGCUCGAGUGCCGCUUCGAACCCAAGCGCAGACGCAGGAACGUGGCCGGUUCCGGCACCAGCGAGGCCUUCAAGGACAUCGUGUACAACGUGGUGCAGGCGGCGCACUUUGGCAGGGCCGGGCGUGAGCUAGCUGACGAGCUUGGCGCAGAGGAAAACGACGACAUCCUGUACGGAGUUUUCGCCGUCAUGGACGAUUUGGGUGUCACCGAGCGUGACUCGGCCCUUUGCGCGUUCCCCAUGGACUGGGUGAACAAGUUCAUCGAUCAAGGAGUGGAGGUCUGCUGCAAAUCCGGACCUGAGCAGCUCUCCCGUGGUCUGUGCCACUUCCAGACCUGUGAAAGCUGCCCACACGAGAGCAUGGAGAAUAAUGUGAGCUGCAGAGAUCAGCCCACUCUGGUGGCCCAGCCGUGUUACAGGGUGGAUCUGUUCAACAGGCAGAUGAGAGACACGUUGCUCACCUCUCUGCUCGUCACCACCAUCGACAACCGAACCCUCGCUCACAUCGGCACGGCCGACGGCAGGCUGCUGCAGUACGUCUUGCGGAGAUCCAGUCCCAUCAUCUUUGCCAACUAUUCCCUAGCGCCGAACCAGAGGGUGUCGUCCACCGCCGCCGUGCUUCCUCCAGACCAGCUCCUCUUUGUAGUGGGGAACAAGAUGAUCCAAGUGCCUCAGAGAGGUCCAGGGUGUCUCCACUUCCUCACCUGUGCUGAGUGUCUGAGCGCGCCGAGGUUUAUGGCUUGUGGCUGGUGUUCGGGACGCUGCACCUGGCAGUCUGAGUGUUCAGAGCACUGGGUCAAAGAGUCCUGCCCACCUGUUAUCACCGACUUCUUCCCAAAGACGGCGCCCCCUAAUGGUCAGACGGAGGUGUCGCUGUGUGGAUUCGAGUUCCAGUCGCCCCACAAACCUGACAUCACCACCAAGACUCACCUAGUGAAGCUCGGAGAAACCAGCUGCUUGGUGCAACCUCAAAAAAGCAACAGCACAGUGCUGACGUGUAAGAUCCGUCCUGGACUAACGGAGCCUCCGUUCAAGCCGACUAACGUCACCGUGAGCGUUCGUGAGGACCGCAAGGAAGACCCUUACUUCAUCAGCGGAAUCGACGAAAUGCCUGGAUUCACAUUUGUGCUUCCCAACAUCGACGAGGUGCAGCCGGAUUAUGGUCCGAUGAACGGAGGCACCUUGAUCAACAUCACCGGACCUUUCUUACUCUCAGGGAAGACCAGGAAAGUCACGCUGGACGGCAAAGUUUGUCCUAUCAAAGGCGAGUUUGUAGUCCAGGAGAGCCUGUCGUCCAUCGUGUGUCUUUCUCAGCGCGUCAGCGAGGUGAAGGACGUGGUGCUGCAGGUCUACAUCGAUAAGUUUCACAUCGCCACCACCAGAGUGUUCCGCUACAAGGAGACGCCCGAGAUCCUCUCCGUCCAGCCCGACUGCAGCUUCGACAACGGCUCGCGGAUCACUAUCGAAGGGAGAAAUCUGGACUCCGUCUACAGGACCGUCAUCCACUUCAAACCCAAAGAGAGCCACCUGAAACCAGUUUCCACCGAGUGCCAGGGAAAAGCCAAGCCCACCCAUAUGGAGUGUGUGACCCCGGUCUUCCCCAGAGAUGAGACGGAAGAAGGAGAGCUCUCCUUUGACAUGGAUGGAGCUGUGGGUCUGUGGAAGCAGGACUUCUCCUAUCACCCCUAUGGCAGGCCCAUUCCCUUUGAGACAGAGGGACACGUUCUCACACUCUACCCUGGCUUUGAUGAAGUUUCCUUACAUCACCAGAAGCUGAACCUGGUGAACUCCUGCAUGAAGAUUACCAUGACCGUCGGAGGAGUUGACUGCGGAGCGAAGGUUCUGGAUAACGAGAUCACCUGCCGCAUCCCCAAAAACCUCACCAAUCCUAACGAGGGCUUACCCGUGAAGAUUACAGUCAACGGCCAGGUUCAUGACGUGGGCACGGUCAUUCUGGUCAGCAACCACUACGUCGUGGGCAUCGUGCUCGGCAUUCUGGGAGCUCUGGUGGCCGGUGCGGUGCUGGCUUACGUCACUAUGAAACACCUGAGAAAGAAAAAGACAGAUUCUCUGGCUGAGAGUCGGCUGUCCCACUACUCACGUAAUCACAGUCUCUCGGGCAACGGCAGUGUCGAGCUCCUGCCUCUCGGAGACUACAGACGAGGAGAACAUGCCUUCAGUCCGACCUCUGUGUCCACUGUGUCUGCCAUGCCCGUGGCGUUUCCAGGCCUGGCCUACGCCAACGCGCUGGACCCCAGCCUCAACCCGCUCCUGCCUUCCGAGAAAAUCUCCAUCUUCAGCUUCCGUCCUGAGCUCCUGGAAGAGGUGAAGGACGUCCUCAUCUCGGCGUCCAUGCUUAACGUACAGUACCAUCAGAUCAUCGGGAAAGGUCACUUUGGCACAGUUUACCACGGUUACCUAACCACCGACCACAACAACAGGGAAAUCCACUGUGCCGUGAAGUCACUAAGUAACAGAAUAACGGACGUGGAGGAGGUCGAGCAGUUUUUGAAGGAGGGGAUUCUGAUGAAGGCUUUCCACCACAGUAAUGUGCUCUCUCUGCUGGGCAUCCUGCUGCCUCACGAAGGGCUCCCCCUAGUGGUGCUGCCCUACAUGAAGCACGGAGACCUGCGUCACUUCAUACGCUGUGAGAACAGGAGUCCCACAGUCAAGGACCUGAUUGGCUUCGGACUUCAGGUUGCUAAGGGGAUGGAGUAUUUGGCGCAGAAGAAGUUUGUGCACAGAGACUUAGCUGCCCGCAACUGCAUGCUGGACGAGUCGUACACGGUGAAGGUGGCAGACUUCGGCAUGGCUCGCGAUGUGUUCGAUAAGGAGUACUACAGCAUCCAGGACCACAGGAAAGCUAAGUUGCCUGUCAAAUGGAUGGCCAUCGAGAGCCUGCAGACGCAAAAAUUCACAUCCAAAUCCGACGUGUGGUCCUUUGGGGUUCUGAUGUGGGAGUUAUUGACACGAGGAGCGAGCCCUUACCCAGAGGUCGACCCGUAUGACAUCACACAUUACCUCUUAAGGGGGCGGAGACUCCCUCAGCCACAGUAUUGUCCCGAUCCACUGUUUGCUAUCACGCUGCAGUGUUGGGAUCCGGACCCGGAGCUGAGACCCAGCUUCUCCACACUAGUCUCUGAGGUGACGGAAAUCCUCUCGGGCCUGGAAGGGGAGCACUACAUCAGCCUGAAGGUGACCUACGUGAACCUGGACCAGCCGCGCCCUUACCCCGCCCUCACCGACUCCGCCGACGAGUGCGAGUCCUCGGACGAAGACACGGCGGGCUCCACCGCCACCUGACCGGCCGCGCGUGCCGUCACUCAUAGAGAAGGUGCUAAGACGUCGAUGCAGAGUCAGUGAUUAUUUCUUUAUUACGUAGCAGCCGCUCUGGGAAGUAAACUUGAACGUGGAAGGAGUACGCUUUCUGUAGCAUGCAGGGAAAGGUGAACGGAGGAAAACUAAGUGCACGCUGCACAAAUUCAGCCCUUGGUUUUAUUCAGAAACUGCAACGAAUCCACCAAGAUUGGAGCCGAAUCAGAACAUGCGGCAGUUAUUCCAGUGCGAACAGGUGAGAGACUUACAGACUAACAGGGUUUGGUUUGUCCAAGGAUAGCUUGAAAAUAAAAACAUGGAAAAAAAAAACGGAGCUCGCGGUUACCGAUAUUCGCAGCAAAUGAGGAAGAGGACUGUACUCCAUGUCAAUCAUUUCCAGACCUGUAACAUGAUGGUAAUGUACUGUAUGUUCUGUCGUCAUGGUAACGUAGACUUGUUUAACGAUGUCCCUUUUCAGGAUACAGAUCACGACCUUUAAAACGCAAGAUACUCAUUUGUAGCGAACGAAAUCGUGCCGCCGAACAUUAUGACCACGCACAAGAAUUUUAUUACACGGCUGUUUGUGUUUUUAUUUGAAUCCAGUUCUACACAACCAUGCUGUCCAUGUAUUUUCUUUCCCCCUGCACAAGUGGAAACCUUGUCAGGGUUUAGUCCACUUGAGCUAAACAGAAACUGUCUCUUUACAGAUCCUGAGCGUUUUGCGUUCACGGUCCGGCAGCACAGCCCACCUCGUUCAGCUGCGGUUCCCAAAACGUUCAGCAGAACAAGUUUCACUAUUCUAGUAAAACUAGGAGGCAGAACAAAAAAUCCCACACCGGAUUGUUUAAGAUCCCGUUUUCCGCACCGUUCGUCUGAUGCGAGUCUAACAAAAAUGUGUUUGUCCGAACGAUCAGCUCCUGAGUGACGCGACAGAAAAGCAAGAGGCAGCGCAAUGAACCGUGCUGUCUGUGUGGGAGGGGCUUACUCUCUCUCUCUCUCUCUCUCUCUCCCACCUGUCAAUCAGUACACGUACAUGUAUGCGGAAGACGGCGGACAGCAGUCGGCCGGCUUCACGUGUCUCGGAGGAAGCACGUGUUAGAGCCGUCGCACGAUAAGGGAGAGCUGGCUGGUGGGUGGGAAUUGGCCAAGAGUAAAUUAGGGAGAAAACAGGGGAGAAUCCCAAAACUCUUAAACAAAAAAUUGAACAUGAGAUCGUAAACCAUUUGAAAGGUUUUUUGUUUUUUUUUGUGGUAGGAGACGUGAUAAUUAUAAAAAAUUAUAGCAGUGAAAUUCAUAUUCUGUCGUAAUAGUAGAGAAAUAAAUAAUUAAAUUUACGGGUGUAAGCAUCAGGCUUCCGCAGGAUGUGCUACGAUUUCUGUGUGUGUGUGUGUGUGUGUGUGUGUGUGUGUGUGUGUGAGAGAGAGAGAUAGAACGGAAGCGAUUAUAUAAGACGGCAGUAUCAUGUUCCUCAGAUACAGUGAUGUUAGCGACAUUAGCCGAGAUGGCGAUUUUGUAAACACGCACAUUUGAGUUUUGUUGACUUUUAUAUUUGUCGAACGUACCUUAGAAGACAGUGGUCCCAAUUCACAUCUAGACCACUCAAAGGAAUAUUUAUCUCCGAUAUGCUAACGUGUCUAACACUGAACCGGUCAGCGGUUAGUCUUGUUUAAUUUAGCGUUAACCGGCACCCGCUAGGUUUCGAAAUGCUCAUCUCUGUGACGUACGUGUGUUUAGUGCAGACAAGAAUUUCUCUUAUUUAUAAACAGUGUGUUUGGGUCGAGCCAUGCUAAUACGACCGUAACCGUAACCAUCUCCGAAAGGACGACUUUUACAGCCGUACGGAUACGUUCAUAGACACAUCUGCAGGAACGGGUUCAACAGGCACCACCUGCCGCGCUACACGCAUCUCAUCUUUACUACAGCGGGAGGAUCGAUCAGCGCCUUUCGAAAUAAAUUCCGAUGCGAAGCUGUCGUAUUGCUCGUCUGCUUACGGCUCACGUACACACAGUCGCCUCGCGUUUUCACACGGCGAGAGAAAAUCAAGGCGCUAGUCAGCGACGAAUAACGUCUUUCUUUUUUGUCUUAACGUGCGACGCAAGGACGAAACACCAGGUUGCGCUACAUGUUCAUGUCCCCUUAAUUGUGUAUAAAUACACGUAACUAGCAAACUAGCUCAAGACGUAUAUUUAUGUUACGUUAGCUAGCGCUUUUUUAGCCACGCCCAUUGACUCUGGACGUGACGCUGGAGCUUUUUCAUCCUCGUUUAAAUGAAUCCAAUUCCAAAAAUUUCCCUUAAACGUCCGUUUGAAUUGUUUCAAGUCAUUUGUUUCCGUCUCUGUUCCUCACACUUACACUACGGACGCGACGGAUAAACGUUAGACCGGAAAACAGCGUUUUGAGUGUUCGCGAUCGCCAUGACGACGUGAGCUGUAGCCGAUGUCUGUUUUGUCUCGUACGUCUGUACGUACUUGUAUGUUUGUAAAUACAACCGAUGGCACGUAAUCGUUUUAGAUUCUCGAAGGCACACGCCGUAUCCGAUCGUCGUUCCGUGACCGACCCGACGACGUCGCGUAGCCGUGCGUUUCUCAUUUGAAGCACACGAGAUAGCGUCACGGUGAUUUAUUUUCACUGGCUUUAAUUUGAAGUUCCUGGAACUGUGUAGCGAUUGUACCACGGUUAAUGACAUUUCAUUAAAUAAAAAGAUGUAAAGAAAGACAGCUUUGUUUCACUUCAUGGCAUUCUUUUUUUUUUUUCCUUGUCCUUUUUGUUUUUAAAUUGAUGAGCGAUGUCAUUGUAUUGUUUUUCUAAACGUGUCCUGUCACGUUACAACGAUCACACAGGUUCGUAUUCGCUCGGCGACUCGGGAGUCACCCGCGCUCCUGGACCAGAAGCGCCCGAGGUUAUUCCGAGACGGGGUUAUCCAUUACCGUCUCACAAGCACUCGCAUUUAAUCCUGGAAAAAAUAAGGGAUAAAAAAUACGGACUGAAGAAGGAAAUAGCGUUUUGUUUUUUUGU